GAGUUCUUGCAACAGCCACAAGACCCUAAUUCAUCAAGUCAGCAGCCACCCGCACCGCUCCUGUGCAUAGCUGCUGCUGGAAGCCCUAAGUCUGUUCGACUGCUGCUAGAGGCUGAGGCCGACUUACACCGCCGAGACGAACACUUCGGCCUGACAGCUUUGCACGUGGCAUGUGUGCAUGGACAGGUUGAAGUCACAGAGCUGCUGCUUCAGGCACGCGCAGACAUGCGGGCCCGUGACGUGAAUGCGGACACACCACUUCAUGUGGCCAGUGCGGCAGGUCAGUCAGAUGUGUUGCGCCUCUUGCUUGAGGCAGGGGUCGAUGGCCCCGAAAUAGACAUGGAAGGAGCGAACGGGAGAAGCCCUUUGCUACAAGCUUGCUCACUGGGCGCGGUAGACACAUCGCGGCAGCUGAUUGAGGCCACUGCCGAUAUUAACAGGGCUUCUCAUGUUGAACAUACUUCGGCAUCGACACCCUUACUUGCAGCGUGUGCACAUGGCCAGCCUCAAGUGGCGAGUCUCUUAAUUCAGAUGAGGGCGAAUCUCAACCAGCCUGAUGAGGCAGGAAGGUCGCCCUUGCUUGUGGCUUGCACGAUUGAGAACUUAGAAGUCGCGAGACUUCUUGUUGCGGCCGGAGCUAGGAAAGGGCGAGGCCAUGCGCCGUCGGCGCCUCUUCACGUGGCGGUGCUUCUGGACAAUGCGGACAUGGCACAGCUGCUCCUCCAAAAUCGUGCUGAUAUUAACGAGAAAACUGCAGACGGCGACACAGCCCUGUGGCGAGCGAGCCUCAUGGGGAGCACGGACAUGGUGCGCUUGCUCAUCCAGCACGGGUCUAGCCAGGUGGUCGAUAAUGAAGGCCGCACGCCGCUGCUAGCUGCCCGCUACUUCAACUACGCGGACAUCGAGCAGCUGCUUCUGGAACGGGCCCCCAAGAGGAGACGGCGCACAAAGGGACCUCCUUGA